ACGUAUUUUCUUUUCUACUCCCGCUCACCGAAUUCCUCUUCACAAAAUUUUCUCUGCUAUCGUAAAAUAAAAAAUAAAACCCUAAAAACUCCACAGACCCAUGAAAAAGAUGGAAAAUUUCCUUGAAGCGGUUUUUUUUUGAACUGAGUUCAACGGUCGUAUUGGGAUUUUCAAUCAAAUUUUCUGAUUUUUUUUUUCUGUCCUUUUUGAUUGCUUUUUUGUUCAGAUUGCUCUUCUAGACAUAUUUUCUUGUGUUUGCCAUGAAAACUGUAUAUGACUUGAAGCUGUUUAUUCAAAUUCAUGGGUGAUUCUGACCACUCUCCUGCUUAGUCACUUUGAGCUUUAGUGGUGGUGGUGGUGUUUCUUCAUUGAAAGUGAAUGGGGAGUCAAGAAGUUUUGGAGGCUUCAGCUUUUAGGGAUGCUAGGGUCACUUCAUGCAAUGGUAGCAAAGUGGAGUACAGUGGCAAUGUUGAGGAGAGUGAGAAUCUGACUGUGGACUUACUCAAUGAUUUCGAUUCAUAUUGGGAGGAUAUUGCGGAUGGAGUGACUGUGUCCAGAAUGGUGAGCGACUCAGUUAUCAAGGGUAUGGUAAGUGCUAUUCAACAGGAGGCAGCAGACAAGAUUGCUAAGAAAGAGUUAGAGUUGGCCAGUUUAAAAGAAAUGUUACAUCUUAACCUUGGGCAUAAAGAAGGCAAUGGAUCUGUAAGGUAUUCAAUGAUGUGCCAUGAAGCUAAAAGCAGAAAAAAUGGGCAUUAUUUCACGUAUUCAAAUGGCACCAUAGAGUAUGACGGGUUACAAGAUUCUUUGGGCAACCUUAAAUUUGCAGCUAAAGAGCAGUUUAAAAAGCUCAAGAAAGAAAUUGAUAAGAUUAGAGGGCCUGAUUCUAUUGGGAAAAAGGGUUCAAGUUCUGAAUUGUUGGGAUUGAGUGGUAUGGACAAAUUGAUUGAUGUGGAUAGGGCACUUGAUGGUCUUAGAAAUGAUGUGGAUAGGGCACUUGAUGCCUUGAAAAAGGCAUCAGAGAGAUCAAAGUUCGUCUUGGGAAUUAGAUAUCCAUAUCACAAAUCUUAUCCUGUUCCUGCCAAAGUGGGGCAUUUAAUUUUCACACGGAUUCCUUGGAGCACCAAAGGUUUCCGGGUCAGUCAUGCUUCAUCACCUAUCACUUUGGGACGGGAAAUGGCCAAACAUGAUGCAGUGUCGAAGGAUGAAUUGUUUAAUCAUUUAAAGGCUGAGAUGACUAAAAUGAAGAGACAUUAUGAGUUAAAAGAGCAUGAAAUGACUGAAGAUUAUUUCAGUCUCAAGAGGGAGUACUUGAAGUUGAAGGAAAGGCCUUCUUCUUUGCCUGUGGUGAAGGAUAAGGAGUUUGAUACAUGGAGGAAAAAGAUCCCAGAGGUCAUUCUAAAAUUGGAUGGCAUCCUUAUGGAAAAUGAGAAACUGCCUUCAUUUAGUAACAACGGAGAUUGUCUUGACAAUUUGAAGGAUAGAUUGGAAUCUCUUCGCUCAGAAAAUCACCAACUAAAGGACUUGCUCAUGGAUAAGAAAAAGGAAAUAAAACGCCUUUCCUCACAAGUUUCUGAUGCUGCAGAGAAAAUAGCUGAACACUCUUUGGCUGAGGAAAACUUGUUAAGAAUGUGCAAUGAUCUUAAAUGUGCUAUGGAAGAUGCAGAGAUUGAAGCUUCAAUUAGUGAAGAUCUAUACAAAUUCCUUCUUAAGGAGGUCGUUGAUCAAAUGCAAGGCUUCAAUCAAGAGUUAGAUAUGGAGUAUGAAAUCAUACGGGGAAUUUAUAAAAUUAUUUUCGAGGAAGCUGUUUACAAUGCCGAGCAUACUGGUACUUUAGAGAUUGAAGAUUCAGUUAUAGAGUCCAUUAUAGCACAAGGAAUAUGUGAAGUUAUUUUUAAAGAAUCCUUCAAGGAAGCUGAGGAGAAAGUUGAUGCCUUGAACAUGAAAUAUAUAAAUGAAAAUGAAGUUCGAUUGUCCCUUGAGAUGCAAGCAUUGGAAAAGGAAAAGUUCUUGAGAUUGAAUAUUGCAGAGAAAGAAAAAGCAGAGCAAGAGGUGCUCUUAUUAAGGGAAAUGGUUGAUAACAAGGCUAAUUUGGUGCAAGAAGCAAUGGAGGCUUUGGCAAAAGAGGAGGAGAGAUAUGCGUUAGCUUCUGAAGAGCUUGACAAGUUAAGGGUUCAGAGAACUGAGCAGCAAAUACUAAUUGCAAAUUAUGAUAAAGAAUUACAAGCUGUCAAAGCUGAUUUGUUUAGGGCAAGGGAGAAAUUUGAAAUGGAUAAAGAGGUGAUCUUUGAGUUGAGAGAACAGGUUGAGACAGUAACAAAAAAGUUAGGAGAAGUUAAUGAGGAGAAAAUUAUGCUUCUUUCUAUUUCCCAAAAGCACCAGAAUAGUUUAUCAUCGGUUGAAGCUAGAGAAAGAGAACAUAGGAAGCAAAUAAAGUCUACCAUUGUUCUUGUCCAAGGAUUGUCAGAAGCAGUUACUAAUUUUGAAUGCAGGGCAACAGAAUAUAUUGAAAUAAAUAGAUUGAGGUUGGAAGAAUUGUGCUCUCAAUUGAAUUCUCUCAUUCAGAAAGCUAACGAAAUUAAAAGGGAGGAGUUUCUGUACAAGCAGAAGAGGUGUUCUGACCUUCAAAAAGUCUGA